UGUGUUGUUAUCAAACGGUAACAUGAUGCUCAAAUACAGCAAUCAUACCAAGGAUAGAGGCAAUGGAUAAAAAGAACAUAGACCGAGCCGGAGGGUGCAAAGGGAGUUUUGUGUUGCAGUCCGCAAAUAAGAAAAUGAUUGUUGAAAAAAACGACCGACUCGGACCAACUGGCAGGUCUCCGACUCCGGGUACCGCACCAAAACAUUCAGUGUUAAAAGAACUAAAUGCAGAGUUAUCCAUACGUGCUGGACGUAUGAGACUUCUUGCUCGAGCAGAAGAGGGGCUAGUACAAGCAUCCGAAAGUUUUAACCCAAACUCCACGAAAACUAUCCUUCCAAAAACCGGAAUUACUGCAGACGAUAAAAGAGGUGAUGUCUGGCCAAGUGAAAAUAAAACAAAGGAUAGCCCACCAAAACAAUCUUCCAAAAUACCUGUAUCUGGUGCUAGACAACGUAGACGGGAUAAAAUGUCAAACUUUGCAAAACCAGCAGCUGCUGUGAGGUCAAAGGUCAAGUCCUAUCGACCAGGCUACACCUGGGAUAGAGGUGGGAGAUUAAAAGAAAUCAGGAUAAGAUGCUUAGCUAGAAAAUUUUCAUCUAUUUGGAAGAAGAACACCUUUGGAAGAAUCAUGCCAUCAGUUGCAAGAGCACACUAUCAUAGAAAGCUGAUACUGGCAGCCUUUAAGGACUGGUACGACAUGUGGUGGGUUGUCCGUAAGGAGUGGCGUCUUCUUGUCCGGGCUGAAUGCCAUUAUAGAUACACAUUAUACUCAAGAACUGUUCAGGCAUGGAAACGCUUUGUCAUCUUGCAGAAAGUCAAAUCAGGUCGACUAGCAAUGUCUCACAGACACUAUACAGAGAAACUAAGCCAUAAAGUCCUGUUAGCCUGGAUACGGUUUACAGCACAGCGGAGAGAGGAGAGAAGAAGAACCAGAACUGCUGUCAACUAUCACAACACUCGUUGUUUAGGACAGGCCUGGCUUCAAUGGAAGAAUCAGCUCUUACUUGUACAGGAAAGAGCUGACAUGGAAACUACAGCACUGCAAUUCUGGGCUUAUCGCCUCCAAGCACAGUUUUGGCAGAUCUGGCGAAGAAAGUUAGAAGCACUACAGGAAAGAGAGGCAAAAUUUAAUCUAGCUGUGAGAUUUCACAGAUACACCCUGAAAAAGAAAUUACUCAUGGGUUGGGUGAAGUACUGGCUUAGCAGGAAAGAGACAGGGAAAGAAAAAGGGUAUGCUGUUUUGCUGUACCAGCGACAUCUGAAACGCUGGAUGUUCAAUAUGUGGGUUCGACGCUACAAUAUGAGCCAGUCAAUCAAGGCACACCAAGAGUAUAUGGUUAUACUUGGACAACAGUUUCAGGUCCGCAGGGCAUUUGUACGCUGGAAAUCAUAUGUUGAUGGGAUUCACAGAGAAAGACAUGCUCACCAGAUGGCAGCACAGCAUUAUAUUCAGAGAUUACUGAAUUUUGGUCUCUCCUCUCUUAAACUGAAUGUUAUCCAACAGAGGGUGAAGCGGACCAGAAAUGAAGUGGCUCUUCAGCAGCGAGAUAAAAUGCUACUCAAAACACAUUGGGAAAGGUGGAUGACUCAGUGUGAGAACAAUGAAGAACUAGAACUAAUUCCUCUAACUAGGAAAGCUAUCUACCACUACAGACAAGUGUUGCUGUCUAAAGUCUGGCAGGGCCUGGAGAUGUAUGUACACUGGAGGCUCCACAGGAAGGCCCAGUAUGCACAAGCAGAUGCACACUUCUACUGUCAAGUCAUCCCUAAAUGUUUAAACAGGAUGGUGCUCUUUGUGAAAAUAGUGAAACUCCAGAGAGAGAACCGACAAUAUGCAGUAGAAUUUCGCAGAGAAAAUCUUCAGGCGCGAUUUUUCUACCAGUGGCACAAGUCGUAUCUCCAGAGUUCUGACAACAGAAUGAACCAAAGAAUGGCUAUUCUGCAUUACGAUGAAUGUGUCAAGAAACGCUUCCUGGCUUGUUGGAGAGUGAAACUGGUUGAAGCUCAACAAGAAAAUGAAAAACUGGAAUUUGCCUAUGAUCAUUACAGUACCAACUUGAGAGAGAAAUGUUUCAGGGGAUGGAGAGCACACAUCAACGACUGCAAACACAUCAAGAACAAUGAAAUACAUGCUGCCAAACACCAUUAUAUCAAACUUGUGUCCAAAGUUUUUUCAGCCAUUAGAAAGUAUGCAGUAUACCAGAGAGAGAAGUAUAGGAAAACAUGUCUCGCCGAAGACUUCAGAAAAAAACAAGUUUGUCAAAAAGUCAUGGCUUCAUGGAAAGGCAUGGUCGCUCAGGGGAGACAAUUCAGAUACAAAGCUGAUCAAAUGUACCAGGAAAAAUCUACAUCACUUCUCAGAAAUGCACUGAAGACUUGGCAUGAGAAUGUUGAGACUCAAAUUCUAGAUAAGAUUAUAAACCAGACUGCAGAUUUACACCGCAACAGACGACUUCUGGGAAAGGUGCUGACUACUUGGCAUAGAUAUGCUGCAAUACAUGCUUACAAGAAGUCGGAGACCAGACAUUGGGUGGAGGCAACACAGGAGGUGCUGAAUAGGAAUAAACUUCAGCGAUACUUUGGCCAAUGGCGACUUGCCAGGGAGAGGUCACUUCUUUACCAGCUACGACAGGCCCAAGCUGAACAACAUCACAAACGUUACAUACUACAGCAGAUGUUUAAAGCCUGGGAAACAUUCACAGAGCAGUCUCGCUCGAAAAAGUUGCUGAUGAAGCAGUGUACAUGGUUCAACAACAAGCGACUGAUGAUCUGCUUCUUUGCUAAAUGGAAGUCCCAGUAUUACCUGGCUGAGGAGGAACACAGGAAGUCUGGAUUAGCAUUAUGGCAUUGGAGCCUCGUGGUACAGAGAAAGGCAUUGGUAACUUGGUAUAUGGAAACUCAGAAUAAGAAGCGGAAGAAACAGCGACUCUUAGAGGCACUGGAGAGAAGAAGGAAUCGUUUACUGCGACAAGGAGUUGUUCAGUGGCUGACCAUGUCUUCUGAUCUAACUGAGAUGAGAGCCAAGUUUGCUGCACAACAACAUGCAAAGAAUGCUUUUGUGAAACAUCAGCUUGUCCAGAGAUGUGCACUGCACUGGCGACACUGGACAGCAAAGAGGAAGUUACAAAGGGGAGAUAACUGUAAAGUUUCUGUCAAACAGCCUAUAGCUCCUCUGUCCUCGCACAGCAAUGUUUUCUAUCUUAAGGUCUCAGAUCUUCCGGGCAGGAAGCAAACAGCAGCUUCAGAGGUAAGAAUACCUCAGCCUGUUUUUUCUGCAUCGCCUUCUAAAGGAGGAACAAGUAGUACUACAUCUGGGCUGGAAUUACCAAUACCAGACCUGAGGUUACAAGCCCGGAGAAAGCCCCGUCAUCCAGCAUUUUUGGUGGACUCUUUAAAAAGAGCAGGACUGAAUGUUGAAGAGCAGAAUAUAACAAGUGACACACUUCCUAGUUAUCCUACAUCUCCUUUACGGACUGAAGACACGCAUAGUAAGGAGGCAACACAAACAGAAAAACUUCUUUGUGAAAGCAUGCCAUCUCCUCAUAUGCCAGAAUCUGAUAUUAUAUCACCUUUGAAGACUAAUGUUUAUUUUGUUGGGGAUUUAGAUAAAGAUUCUAUGCCAAUGAAUAAGAAUGAAUUAUUAUUACAAACGCCAAAGCUAGUAUCCAGGCAACCAAACACUGAAGAGACUCAAGUUUUUAUGCCUUUCUCUAUGAGUGAUCAAACAACUUCAAAUAAAGUCUUGAAGCAUAUGCCAAAACUGGAGGUUUUAGAGAAAAGCAAUGAAGACAGAACAGUAGAACCUCAUGUUCUGAAGUCAGAACUUCGACUUCUUACCCCUGCGGAUUUCAUGACUCAGGGAAGUUGUGAUGGUGACACAAACGCUUCACACUUAACAACACCACGGUCUGUCAGUUCUGAUUGGAGUAACACAGAAAGGCCAUAUUCAAAUGAAUCUGCAGAUAAACAAAUUAUUGAGAUCAGAAACCACCUCAAAGAGUUUGAGAGAAAGAAGAAAAAACUCAGAAAAUUACAGAAACAACAUCAGCAUUUGAAAGAUUGGAUGCAGCUUGAAGAGGGUAAAAGUCAACCAGAUAUUGAAGUCGACCAGGUCAGGAUUGAGGUUGAACAGAUGGAAGUUGAACUUCAGACAUUGCGGAACUCUGUAGAAGAAGAGAAACCACAUUGUGCCAAGCUUGUCAAAAUUGUCACCCGUCUUGUGCAGGAUCUCCAUAACAUAGACUAAAGAAUGAAACCAUUGUUAUAAUAUGUUAGAGAUAAAUGUUUGAGAAACAUACAGUACUACUGAUUGAUUUUAACUUUCCUUCAUACUUAUCUAGUACAAUUCAUUGUAAGAUGUUCACCUAAGAAUCUCUGAUCCAGAUUUUUAUGGAAAUAUACCUUUUUAUCUCCACAAGUUCUAUUUUAAACCUUCCAUGCAAAAUCCUCAUCAGAACCUCUUGAUUCCAUAAAAUUUGUGAGAUCCCAGCAAAAUGUGCAUAUCACACUACUUACAUUUAAAAAACAAUCAAUGUUUUUUUCCCCUCAAAAAUUGGAACAUGACCGAUCAGAAAAAAAAACUUACAAGAAAUGAAGUUGGUAUUUGGUAAAAGUUUCAUCAGUUUACUGUGUACUGACUUUUGCAUUUGAAAUUGAAAAAUAAAACAAAAUAAAUAUAUAUUUAUAUACAUAUUUAUUGAGGAAAGAACAAAGAGGAAUGAAAUUUGUCUCAUUUUGUACCUAAAACUAAGAAAUUGAAUAUUAUCAACACGCAUAUAUUGACCAGAUGCAGCUGUGCAAAUUUGUGUUAAAGCUGCUGACUGCAAAAAAUUUGUAAAAACAACAGACACAAAGAAAAAUUGUUUUGGAAGGACUUAAGGUGAAAAGUUUGGAAUAUCAAAUACUUAAGAUCAAUUGAAGGGAGAUUUUGAUGUAUGACAAGAAGGUUAAAAGGUAACAGACAUUCUACAAUAAGUAAGAUUUGGUGUUACAACAUUUCAUCAAUUUAAUUAGUGAUAUGA